CUGUGUGCGCGCGCGUAUUGACAGCGCGCUCUCUUCCCCUGCAUUUGAAAAAUGUUGCUUACUUCCUAAAUAGUGCUUUAGUGUUUGCGAUUUGUUGCUUCAUGAAGAGCUCACAGGAAAUUUGUUGUAAUCUCUCUUUUGUAACGGGUCCAACCCUGAUUUUUUUUCUCUUUUUGUAUUAGUUCAUGUUAAUAUUUAAUUAACCUAUAGAUCAAUGUUUUGGGUAGCUAUCAAUAUCUUUCAUCAGUAUCUUGCAUGUUGGCUAUCUAAUAUCUUUCAUUUGUCUACUGUCGUGUUCCAUUCAGGGGUGAAAAAAAGAACAGCCUAAUUAAAUAUGACAACUCUUUUUUUUUUUUUUUAGAGACAGAUUGACACCCAAAGUAACAUUGAAUUAAAAUUUGUGAAGCAACCUGUCUAAUCCCAAUUGUAUCAAUUUACAUAUGUGAAACAUUAAGAACCUUGGUGGCUGCCUUAUAAAUUAUCUAGCUUAUGCUUAACGAGAUACUAGGAAAUAGCUAUUCAUAAAGCAAGUCAAGUAUUUUAACUCUGCUUAACCCCUUGUGUCAAUCAAAGGUUGGCAAUGUAGGCUAUAUUUAGCCCUGAAUUUAGGAUAUAGAUAAUUGGAUUAGACAAUUUUCAUCUUUUCAUUGAACAUUUAAAUAUAAACCAACAUUUAGAUUACAUCUUAACAUUGAUAUAGGUUAACAUCUGGCUAACGAAAUAAUGAAUUGUUUAGACCAAUUUUGUGUCAGUUUAACUGAUUCUGCAAAAAAAAAAAGGGUCUGACUCAAAAGUUGUUCACUAAUUAGUUAUUGUUGCUAGAUUUGCCUUUUUACAUAUCAUGAAAAAACAAAAUCAGUAAGAAAUACAAAAAUGUCACCACAAAAUCAAAUGGACAAUACUUGUUUCUUAUGGAAUAUUGCAGUAUUUUAAGUAUUUAUCCAAUGCACAUCAUAAUUUUUGUAAUCAUUGAUCUAAAUGUGUCCCCUUCCUAUUGCAGUAAUAUCUCUUAUCUGAUGUGUUUACUGGCGAGAGGGAGGGAUCGACCUGUCACUCACAUGACAUCACAGCUAGCCAAUCACAACCAUCAAAUCAAUUCCCAAUGGUCAAAAUCAUGUCUUCCCCUACUUUUUCCAUGUUCAAGAAGCCAUUUCAUUCGGAUAUACGUCACAACAGGGAGUCAUCUGAGGUAACCAGGACGGGGGAAGCUUUAAAAUACCUUCCCUUGCUCCUGAUUGGUUCUCUAUACCAUGAGCUCUGGCUCCGCCCAGGAUGUGGCGGUGGAGAAUUUCCUGCGUGACAUAGAGAGGCGGGGCCAGUGGCUGCACUGCGCUGUUAUUGGCUGUGAGGAGGAGCAUCCCCGUGGCAACAUGAACCUGUUGUACCGCAAAAGUCGACUGGACUGGAGACACAGAGAUCAAGAGGGCAAGAAAAGCUCCAGCUAUAAAGAUGCCUCCUCUGCAACAGUCGGGAAGGUUCGGGAUCUGGCGUCAUUUCGGCGCCAUUUCCGAAUGGGAUUUAUGACGAUGCCAGCGUCCCAGGACCUGUCACCUCACUCUUGUGCUGCUGCCAUGGCACCACGCUCUCAAUCCUGUCAUGCUGUGGGCACCGGUGAGGGAGAGGAGCUUGAGAAUGGGUAUUAUCCAGACUCAGACCCUCAAAACCAGUCGAAUUCAUCCCGCUGCCCCCCAACCAAGCCUAAACGCCACCCCAAUACUCGUCUCAGCUCUACGGGCCACCAGGAGCACCCUUCCCGUGGGGUCCACGCACCACCUGACACUCCGCCACCUCCACCUCCCAAUCACCCACCCAAACACCCAGAGAAGCGGAAUGCAAUGAAAAAAUCUGAUUCAGGUGAAAUGUCAGGACGAAAGGUCCCUCCGCUGAAGCCCAAACGGAGUCCAAGCACACAGCUCUCCUUUGACCCCCCGCCCCCUCGGGUCCCACCCCCAACCACACCCCUUCCCUUCCAGAGCUCUGAGCCCUCUCCACGGGGCGAGGGUGGAGAUGACGAGCCGGUUUACAUUGAGAUGGUGGGCCAGGUCUUCACUCGAGAGACUCACAACACCCCGACUCCUCACCCACUCACGCCCUCUGCCACCACGCCUGAUUCUGACUCAGACCAAGGAGAGGCCAUUUACGAAGAGAUGAAGUACCCCUUACCAGACGACAAAAAUCGAGAAGCCCACCGCCGCUUGCCACUCAAACAUGAGCGUAUGAAGUCCUCUAAAGCAUACCACUCCUCCAUCUCGUCCUCCACCUCUUCCUCGCUUCCACGCCCCUCUUCCUCUUCUCCAGCCUGCACCUCUUCCAAACCUAAAGCUACCGUCUCAAUCUCUCACUCCUCUCCUCUUCCUUCGUCCUGCUCCUCUGCAUCCUCCACUCCUGUACCUCAAGCCCUCUCCUCAUCACCACACCCUCCCCGUGCUCCCACACCCUUCUUGCUGCCAGGGUCCAAGCCUGAACAUGAGCCCAGCUCCAGUAAGAUCCCAGCACCCUUCCCUAACUUACUUCAACACAAGCCUCCUCUCCUAGCUUUUCCCCAGCCAGCCGCUGCCUCCAGUGGGAUAGGGGCUCAACAUAAGAGCAGCUCGGCCAAGAUCAGCGUGCAAUCGGCCUCCAGCCUGCCGGCAUCUACCAGCACCUCCUCCAGCACAAGCUUCACCAGCACUUCCAAAGAUUCCACUGGAGUUGAGAAAGAACGAGAGAAGGAGAGGAGGGAAGGACAGCUGGGACCCACACCGGGACUCCGAGCCCGCAGUCAUUCUACUCCUCUUCCUCCUUCAUCAAAGUCCUCCUCUCCAUAUUCCCACCAUCAUCAUCAUCACCACCCUCACCACAGGCCGUCCCACUAUCACCAUUACCGCAAGCCCGAGAAAGAGAUGUCGUUAGGGGGCAAGGGGUCAGGACAGUCCUCCACCCAGACGCAAACGCAGCCCAAGGAGGGCAAGUCUGUCAGCUUCCUGCUCAAGUCGGAAAAAUCGGAGAGGGAAAGGGACCGAGAGAGGGAUCGUGACCGAGAGAGAGACCGUGACCGAGAGAGAGACCUGAGCAGCACGCCAUCUUCCAGUCAUUCUGAGACCCCCACCUCAAACACAUACACGCACACUUCUCAAACCGGCACUAGCACCACUCCAACGCCGAGUCAACCGGCAUUGUCCACAGCAGCCACGCCACCUUCCUCCUCUUCUUCCUCCACUCAGCGCCCUCCAUCUCGCUCUCACGUGCACCGCUCGCACACCCCGCACUUGUCCCAUGGCCUCCCUGCUUACAAACCUCCCCCCUCGGACAGCCCCCUGCUCUGGACCUACCCCUCGGUUGGCUUCCGCCGACCGCCUGCCUAUGAUAGCUUGCGCGGGGGCUUGCAGUUGCCAUCCUUGCACACAGACCCCACUAAAACUGGAUCUGCAGCCCAGGCAUUGCAGGCCAAGGCCGGGUUCAUUCCCUGGGAGAGCGCAGCUGCCUUGGGGCUCACCGAAGAACAAGCUUACUGGCCCAUGCACCGAAAAUUAUCAUUCAGUCAUGGGAGCCGAGAGACUGAGAAGGAAGAUGGAGGGCUGUGGAACGGCAGUGCAGAUGCUCUUUUGAGGAGAGAGAGGGAUGACCUAGCAGCCAUGCGGUGUGGCGGACACUCUGGAAUACCUGUGCGGGCAACAGGGAGACACAGCGAGAGCUUGGCUGGGGCAGAUGGACCACCAGGGUUAAGAGGACUGAUACGAGCAGGCCUGCCCUUACCCUGCCAAACCUUCCCAGCAUGCCGCAAUGGAGAGUUGGGUCGCCUUGGCAGGUCUUCCUCCACUUCAGGAGUGAGACAAGCAGGGGGUGACGUUCAAAGGCAGAGCAGCCUGCCGGCCAGAGAAGUGCUCAACCAGUUCCACUCUCUCUCGCAGGUUCAGGUUCAGACUCCCUGCAGUCCGUCUGUGAGCCGGCAGCAGCAGUACCAGCAGCAGGUCCAGCUCCAGUUCCAGCAGCUGGCUCAGCUCGCCGCGCAGGCCCAGGCUCACAUCGGCACCUCCUCAGCCCCGGCCCAGCGAGACGGCAAGCUCCUGGAGGUGAUCGAGAGAAAGCGCUGCCUGUGUAAGGAGAUUAAGGCUCAUCGCCGGCCGGAUAAGAGCUUAUGUAAGCAGGACAGUAUGCCUAUUUUACCCAGCUGGAGGAGAACGCCGGAGCCCCGCAAGACUGGAACGCCGCCCUGCCAGAGGACGCAGGCUGUGGUGUGGGACACGGCUAUCUGACCAAGGUAGAGAGAGGAGAAAGGGUAGGGAACAUGAAAGUCAUGACCGAUAGAGACAGGGGAAGUGGAAAUCCUUUGUUUUUUUUUUUUUCUUUUUGGUGUAAAAAGACAAAAUGGGAAUUUCGCGAGAAUUGAGAGAAGUGGCCUUUUGAGUGAAGAGAUUAAAAUAAAACUGGAAAAACAAAGUGAGAGCAUUUUGACAAGAGAGAAUAGCAUGAUGUAGAUUAAAUCUCUCUGUAGAAGCAGGAGAUAACAUGUGUUCCCACAGUGUUUAUGUGCCAUAUAGAUGCAGCAGCCAACAACACACACACACACACUGGAGUCUGAACUCUCUCUGAGCUGCUGCAAAUAUAACCUGUGCUGCUGAGUUUACAACCCUUUUUGAAACGCACUGGAAACCUUUGGAGCAUCGCAACGUUCGUACUCUAAAUAUAAUCUGUCAGCAAGGAGAAUAGACAUGCUUUUUCCUCCAAGGAUCGAAGAAAUGAUCAAAACUUAACGCGUUAAGAAUGAAGAGACGCUGAAAGAUCAUAUUGGGGCUUUUCCUCAUAUCAUAAACUCAGUGUGAUUUUGGACUUGUGUGUUUUUACUGACCAGAUUUACUCAGAUAUGCUGCUGUGUCCUGGGCAUCCGCUACACUGAUGUUUUUUUUACAUUCCAGAAGAGAGAGUGUGCGUGUGUGUGCGUGCGUGUGUGUGUGUAUCAUGGUGAACUUUGAAGAUGUAUCUUUGCAUCAGAGGUGUGUGAGGUUGGAUGUAGACCAGAGAAAAGAGGAAAUUCAGACACACAGAGAAAAAAGUUGAAAAGAGUACAGGGGAACGGUCAAUAAUACAAAAUUCGACAUACUGUAUGUAUAGCCUACACUUGCUUACACAUUCAGACAUGAUGAUGGAAAUGAUGAUGAAGGUCUGUGUGGUACUGUUGUAGAUUGUAGAGGAGAUCCAUUUUAAAGUCUAAUUACUGCCUAUUGAUUGAGUGCCAAUUUGCUGAGUGCGGUGACGUGCGUCUCUGAAUCUUGAUAGUAUAAGAAAAGCUGUUCUGCAGAAGUUACGUGACUUUUGUAGCAAUAUUCGUUAAAGCAGGAAACUGAUCAUUUGCCGCAGUCCAAUACAAAAUAAUGAUGGAUUGAAAAGAUAAUCAAUAACACUUCAGAUCCGCAUUGCAUUAUUUUGCAAGGGCAAAUUCACUAGAAGAAACUAGUGACCAGUAAGAUCACCAGAUGAGCUUCAUUACAAAAACCAUCAUAUAAAGAGAGUGAGGACCAAUGCACAGGCUGCUUCAACACAAGGUGUCAUUGUAUUCGCAAAAAAACGACCAUAUUUAUGAAUCUGUUUACAUUUAAUCUGUAUCUGAGCAUAUGCGGAGCUAACAUCCAGCUGUAUUUUUCAGUCCUUUUGGCAGAGUCAAUCAACUGGGGUUUGAUAAGAUCAUAUGUGUGUGACAUAUAUAAAAGGUCUUUGUCAGUUGUAUCUUAAGUACAGUAAGAUUGAGCAAUCCAGUCACCCUGUCUCUUAGAGAAUAAAACGACAAAAAUACAACUUUACACACUGUCCAGUGCUCAUGCACACAUGCAUAUACACACGAACACACACACACACUCGCAGC